UUCAUUCGCCUCACAGCCGUUCGCAAGUGAAGUCGCAUUUCGCAAAGUUUUUGCUCCUCGUGCUUGAAAGAGACUAUUCGUCCCACAGAAUGCCCGUCAAAGCCGUCUGCGUGUUGAGUGGAGACGUUAAGGGGACGAUUUACUUUGAGCAGAAUGCCGAUUCCGACGCCGUGAAGGUAACGGGCGAGGUCACCGGGCUGAAGGCCGGAAACCACGGCUUCCACAUCCACGAGUUUGGCGACAACACCAACGGGUGCACCUCGGCCGGGCCGCACUUUAACCCGCACGGCAAGGAACACGGCGCCCCGGACGCGUCCGUCCGUCACGCCGGAGAUUUGGGCAAUGUGGUGGCCGAUGCGGGGGGCGUGGCCAAGGUCGACAUCACCGACAAGCAGAUCUCGCUGAGCGGACCGCUGAGCAUCCUGGGCCGCACCGUGGUCGUGCACGCCGAUCCGGACGAUCUGGGCGUGGGCGGACACGAGCUGAGCAAGACCACCGGAAAUGCGGGCGCCCGGCUGGCCUGCGGCGUGAUUGGGAUUUGCAAAGCUUAAGGCGGCCGGAUGUAGCAAGCUGUAGGCAGUGUUGACGCGACGAAUCAAAUUCGAGACGCGUCCGUAACAAAAAAAAACACCCUCCCGGGAAAGUGGAACCUGUGUCCUUAACGAGACUUCUUCUAUUCCAUUCUAAGUGAAACACACAAAAAAAAAACUCAUCGUUGUUUGGUCAUUUCAAAAUAAAAAUUGAUUUUUUGUUAUUUCUUGUAAGCUAAACCUA